CCAUUGGCUACGGGUACCUGUGCCCAAAGCGACUAUGCCUGUCGCCGUGGAGGCUGCGCUCACGCACCAGGAGCUCGUUGCGGCCUUGAAUUCCGAUAACGUUGAGACACUGUUUUCAGGUCUAUCAAGGUUCAACCGCUCUCUCAGCCGAUUGAUAAACGAAGAUGCGGAUCCGCAAGUGUCAGUGGAAGCUGACUUGCUCAAGUCAUACAUUAAGGGAUCUCCAGAAUGUGCCGAGCUAUUUCGACUAUGGGAAUUCCAGCAAGCAAAUCAAAUAGAUCGGAUCGCUCCUGUUCUAUUGGACGUGAUUGCCCACAUGAUACUGUCGUCUAAGCUAAUAGAGAUGUGGUCAACGGGCUCUGCGGCUUCUCGGUCUAUCAUUCGUGACUGGAUGAAGCCGAUAUACAGGAAUUUGUCAUCUGGAAAACGUCCCUUGAUACAGUCUACUCUGAGAUUGUUGAUUGCAGUCGCCGGGUUCAACUCAGCGACGGCCAAGGAACUUCAUGAGACAUUCAAUUUCACCAUGCAGGCCCUGCCCAAACUCCUACAUACCCGCCAAAAGUCCCCGAGAGAGGACGUAAAACCACGCCGAAAUGAAGACGUUCGGACGUUAUAUAUCCGCUUUCUGUUUGCGUUCCUUGAACAGGGUGACAUUUCGGUCAAGAGGUUUAUGUUGGAGGCAAAAGAUAUUCUAAGCAGUGUAUUCAAAGGACUGGCUGAUGAUUCAUAUGAAACUGUGGACUAUGUUCUUUCGACUCUGCGACGCACUGUCAUCGAUGAUACCAAUCUCGCCAGGACGCUGAAGGUUGCUUUCUUCAACAACUACAUAUUGGACCAGUUGGUAAAAUUGUACGCUCGGAAGGAGGUGGAUCCGGACAAUGCGUUAGCGAUUGCCGAUGUAGGACAUGAAUUUCUGCUCUAUAUAUGUACCACUCCAGGAGUAGGUGUCUGUUUUCAAGACGCCGGUUGGUAUCCAGCCAAGUCCACCGGGGAGGGCAAAGCAAUCACUGUAUAUAAUAAGGUCCUGCUGAGGUUGCUGUUGUCUCUCAAGCCGACAGAAGAUCCUCGACAGGAGGCUUUAGUCCUAAUGGGUCUCCGAAAUUGCCCAGAGUUAGUGCAGCCAUAUUGGAAUGAGCUGAGUAGCCUAUCCUUCGAACCUCGGGUCUCUUCAAAAUGGAUUGCCAACAUGGCAUUAGCAGCCAAAAUCAUUCAACUUCCGAUACCGUCGAGGUUGGGUGCAACAAUUAUUGCAAUGUCUCCACCACCCCUCAUGACUAUGGUCGACAAUGUCCUCCCCCCGCCUCUUGAUCGAGCGCUCAAUAUCCGAGGGCUAUUACAUCCUAACGCACUUGUUAAACAUACCUCCGCGUUUGUGCAAGCAUUGGCAUUGGAGAAGCUGGCUCGCAUACAAGCAACAAUAGAGAGCAUUGCCGAAGAUAUAGUGGCUUCGUCUGCCCAGUUAGCAGUUGCGGUCGGGAGUGUGGAUGGACUGUUGCAGAAAUGGCGCAAAGCCCGGGACGAUCUAACAGACGAGAUCAAGAGGCGACUACCGGACUUUCAGACGGUACUUGCUUUACAAUCACAACAACGCAAACAAGUCGGAGAGAAGGGCAAGUCGGACGAGGCAGGCGCCACGGACAUGGAAAUAGAUGGAGAAGCAGCUGAAGUUGAGGAGAUCUCCCAAGAAGUACUACACUGCAUAUCACUCAAGCUUGUCAGACACUAUCAGCGCCAGUUCCCUGAUGCAAUCCUUGAGGCUCGAUUCAAUUGCGGAAAGCUCUUACCGGCCGAUCUGACGGCUCUAUCCGAGGAGCUGCAAAUUCAUAUACUGGAGCUGAUUGGUGAAGUUCCGGAAUUCAACUGGAAAGAGAGAGCAGCGCAUGCGCCGACUUCGCAUCUUGGUUCAAUAUGGAAACUAUACCUUACCACUACGUCUAAUAAUGUCGCUUCUGUCGCGAAUGGAGUGCUGCAUCGUUUACUUGCGGAAUCGUUCCUCUUUGAGAAUCACAUCGAUGAGAUACCUAUUUGGCUUCUCACGCUCCAAAACUUACCCAAAGAUGAGCAGAUGUCGGCAUUGGCGUGGUUGGACGAAGCCCUUUGUACGGGAGCUAGAACCUUGUACCGAACCGUAGAUAGGUUGAGUAAGCUUGUCCAUGCCUGCCACGGUCGAUUGAGCGAUUACCAGAAACGAGUUGCCGACCAUGUAUUGGAAACUCGUCGCCGCACCAUUGCAGCCGGUGAUGAACAAUUGGUGGACAUACCACCUUACCCUAUCAGCCCAGCAUUGAUAAGUAUCGCCGAUGGGUUGCAGGCUCUCUUGCGGCGAUCAGCAGAGAAAGGAGAUAGGUCGGCGGCGAUCGGCCCAGCGCAAUUUUUCUUUCACCUGGUGGUACGGUUACUGCAAUCAACGCAGGGAAUUGCAGAAUACCUUGUGGAGGUCGUCGACGGAGUAUGCGAGGGUGUCAUAGUAGGCGGAGGCGUACAGUUUGGAUAUUUGGCUUGCUGGGAGGCGGAUCAUUACCUUCAUGCAGCUAAGGGCUAUUUCACCGGAUUAGCUGGACAAACGAACGACGUUGUUCAUCAUGGAAAGGAUGCGGCAAAGAGAUGGCGGAAGACGUUAAAAGCUAUGGACGCCGAUCUUGCGGCCUCCGGCGAGGUGUUGACUAUGUUUCUCAAGAAUACAUGUCCCGUCGAUCUCAGCACGGUCUUCUUCGAAAUGAUUGAGCGAUGCCAGAACAGUCCACCACUUCUUGCCUGUAUCGCCGAUUAUUUAACUUGGAGACAUCCUAUAUCACAGUCAAUGUUUGAUGUGUACCAGGUUUUACGCGAGUUUGCCAUCGGAGGCAGCCCGAACGAGAGCAACGAGGCUGUCGUUCGUCUCUUUCAUCAAGUUCCUUUUUGUUCGCUACUCACGAGCACGUUCAGUUCGUCAUUGGACUUCGGCCCCACUUACGAAGAGUUAUUGAUAUCUCGCAUCAAUUCUUGUGAACAUCCGCCAGAGUGCGUGUGGUGGACUCGACAGGUGCUGCUUGAGCUUGGGCGAUCUAUACAUUUGGGUUGGGACCAGCACCGGCGUUUUGCCUUCGCGCUUUUGAAAGCUCUUGUGACAAAGGUGCACUCUUGGAGCCUUGGAAAAGCAGGGGCGCUGGUAUCAACUUCCCGACUAAAAGAGAAUGCUUAUGAUACUGUGCGUGACAUCAUUUUUGGACACCCUCUUCUCCUUGAUAGAUUCGUUUCCCGUCAAAGUGGGGAUAAGGAAAUUAGCACUGAAAUCAUGGCAUUGGUGCAUGAGACGCUGGAAAUGGAGACACGAGAUAUGAAUACGGUCAACUCGUCCUUGUCUCCUAUGUCUCCUACCUGGCGACUUUAUACGGAUCGUGUCCGCGAUCGCCUGCUCGCAGAGUUGGCCUUCCAAUCGCCGCACAAUGACACGGUGCGGGCAUUCGAACUCUUUAGAUCUUUCAUGACUUACGAGGAUGUGAAUCAAAUUCUCCAGCCACUGCUCAACGGAUCUGAGAAUAUGAACGAUCUCCUCUUUCUGGCUUUGACCGCCAGGACCCUUGGAAGAGAUGGCGAGCCGCACGUGAUCAAGUCAAGCUUUUUCCGCAGGCUCCUGAAACUUCUGAAAGGACGUCACCAUGCGGAAAUAGAGAACAUUAUCGCGAAUAUUGUCAAGAGGGCAGUUGUGCCACAGGCUUUGAUGAUCAGAGCCGAUCAGGAUGGGGUUGCUGCUUUUCGUGUUAUUGCGUCCGAUGGGGAUGGGGAUAAGCAAUAUGUUCGUCUCUAUGCCGACGUCCCAUCAUUGUUCGAUGAGAAUACUGUUCGACUUCUGCUGAAUGGGGAGGAGAAGGACGGAAAGUGCAUUCGCGCACAUAUACUAAGAUCACUCAUCGUUACCAGCCCUGUGAUACGCCGGUGCGUGGUUGACGUCCUCAACAAGGAAAAUCGAACUUCUUCGCUGCAGCUUGGCAUUGUCCACGCUGUGCUGGCAGGCUUAGUUGUCACCUUGUCCGCGAAAGAACGUUUUUCCAUGUCGAUUGCGAUAAAAGUGGUCUGGGAAGUUGGCGUAACCGAGGAUGAACGUGAUUUGAUAACCCUCCUGCAUCGCCGAAUCCAGAAGGAAUUGCAGGAGCAAUUGGUCAGCAGUAUUCUCGGUAUUGAUGGGAGGACAAUACUAGAAUGCGAUGCGGUGCUUCGAUUGCUUGGUUUAUUUGCGCAUGAAUACGGAGGAUUGCUUGAUGAGUUAGUAAGAAGAGCAUCAGCGCAAUCCAAGUCUCCAAAUUACCUCCUCUCAAUAUCAUCGAUGAAAGAGCAUUUGCUAGCAUUGCUGGCACUUGCCUCUGAUCCCCAUGGCCUUACCAAUGUGAUUGCCGUAGCACUGUGCGUUUUACGUUGGUUCUUCGUCGGAAAAAAGAAAGGAAUACUCAAUGGGUCAGAGCAGCCAGGGGAGCGAGAUUUGAAAGAGGUCAUAGAAGUUUUGGAGUCGGUCCUUGUCCGCCUAGAAGGCGACGAAAAUGCCAUCCGCGGGUUGUUAGAUCAAGGAGAGAUUUUCAAAAAUUUCUUAGUCGCUGCAUUGAAGUAUCGCAUCACCGACCCACAUGUCUUAAAUUUUCUCACCCACUUGGUUACGUUUGUGUAUGGGCAUCGGCGGCUUAAAUCAUCCACUCGCCGUAAACUUCCAUUCACCGUGGAUGCUCUCGUAGAAAUGAUUCUAUCUCAUUCGCAGUUCACAGUGGUGGCACAUGCGGGAACGAACGACUUUCUGUCAACAAAUUCGAAGAUCAGCCCCAUUCCUCCGAUCCACAUUGCUAAGCCUUGUCUUUUGCAUUUUCUGCAUUUGCUGAUGUCGCUUGACCCUGUCCAUUGCUGUAAGACGGAGCAUUUACCUCUGUUGGCACAGGCGUACCAGGGCACGGUAGCAAGUGCUGAUCAGGUGAUACUCGCUAUCUGGGAGUUAUAUGAAAAGCAAGCCGGAAUCAGCGUUGAGGCACAUGCGAUGCGGUGGGGCCUGACGUCCACCGCCGCGCUGUCGAGUGUGAGUGCCGCACAAAGCUUGGCGAGAAUAGACGCGGUGUGGAUGGCGCAUACAUGUCAGUGGUUCCCCACUGCAUUGGAAUUGGAGGCUGUUCAACCCAGUACGGGACACUUUGCGGAAGCUCUGGCUGCCGGUGAGGUGUAUUCGUCCCGCUUAACACCAUUAUACGACCCAAAAUUCUUUCUCCCCCUUGUUGCUGGAUCUUUAAUCCACGGGAGCAUGCAUGUUGAUUCACGACGACUGGUCGAGUCCAAUGCACUAGGAUUGGCCAUUAUGGCGCUUUCGAGUGAUAGAGAUUCGAUGCGAAAAGCUGGUUAUUUUGUUCUGGAUCUCUCGUAUAAUUUAUUGUACGAAUCAACGAUGAAGGAGAGAAAUCAGAUCAUAUUAUUGUUGGAAGGGCUGAAGAACGCGGUCGUCAAAAGAGAAGAAGGAAAUCAGGGAACGCAACGGGUUCCUGCCGUGGUGGCAUUGUUUAUUGCGCAGGGGUUGAUGAUAUUAUUGAAACCGGAGAAUGAAAUGUAUCCGCUUGUAAAUCGGUUCUUCUUACAGAGACCCAUCGUCGACCUUGAGGAUGUCCCGAUGUUCUAUGGCCUUUUCUACUCAGCAUCAGAUAACUCUCGAAGGGAGCGAGUAUGGAUGCUGCGAUUGCUCUCCUGCGGGUUGAAAACUGCUGGGGAUUAUCGACUAUAUAAACGGCGUCAUGUCGUUGACAUCCUGAUGGGCUUUUUCUCUUCGUCAAUGUCGGACACAAUGACACGGAAACUUGUUCUUGAGGUUAUUGUCAAGGCUACCGCGAUUCCUUCGGUGAUCUCAGAUAUGAUCACUCAAAGUGGUCUGCUGACUUUCAUGCACACAGUCGUUACCGCACUCGAUUUCCGCUCCGGAAAUGACAUCGUACUCUGCAUACCGCGCGUGAUGCGAGCCAUACUCAGCGGAUUUGUUCGCUCCGAUCCCGAGUGGCAUGGAAGCAGACGGAUUGUGUGGCUAGAAAGCAUUGCGACUGUGGUCGCAGCUGUAGUGCAAGGCAUUGCAAGCGCCGCACGUCUUGAUGGGUGCAUAAAGGCGGAGACGGCCACGUGGUGGUGUAAUGUCGCUGUGGACGUAAGUCGAUUACUAUAUGAUACGUUGGCAGCCUUUGGGGAUGAGGAGAAGCUAGCUACCAAUGGGUCGGCUGUAUCUCCGUUCGGCAUUGGCCACGUAUUGGAUCUGGCAGCAGUUUUGGAACAAUGCGAACGUGUAUUACCUCCAGAUUUCAACCAGAAUGGCACGAACGACCAAGGCCUCAAUGAAGCGUCCAACGUCUCCCUGGACACUUUGGAUUUGGACGGGCUGUAUAGUCUGGAUUACGACCUGAGAAGGCUUCUGAAACGAGCACGACUAUAUCUCUUUGAUGUCACCUCUGUCCUUUCUAUACCUCGCCUACCGUCCCUUCUUGGUGAUGUCCGGGUUAGCUGGCGUGAGAUGCUGGCGCGCCUGUUGGACUAUACAUUAGAGUGCACGGAUAUGUAUCCGGAGAUCUGGCGCUCAGCUCUUCCCGACCGCGUAACGCCGUUAGACCGCUACACGGAGUUCUUGCUGCGUCUACAAAUGACACAUCCCGAUGCCAUAGCUGCAUGUGUAUUAACAGACGAGAGUACAAGGCGAAGAAACAUUCUCGGGCGGCUGGUAGCCAUGUGGGGACUGAUUGGAACCCAAUUCAGCAAGAAGGCAAGAUUGCAAGCUAGUGUAAGUAUGGUUAUUUUAGCGCAGCAAUUGACGGGUCACGGCCGAAAGCGGAAACGGGAUGAUGAUGGGGAGAUAACCGGGGACCGUCCUAUAUCAGCAAUGGAGCAACUUGCAGACAAGUACGUCCCGCGGUUCGCUCCUGAUCUCCCGCGAACACCGUUUUCGCGAAAGCUCUUGUAUGAAGUGGUGCCCAUCUUGCUUGGGAAGAUCCCUAAACCAGAUCAGCUACUGAAGUCCAAUGAGGUGGGCAAUGUGGUAGACAUUCUCCAGGCUACCAUAAGGCGUAUUUGGGGUGGUGACGAUUGUGAUGGUAUCAGCCGGGAGGAACGUAUAUGGACCAAAGCGUUAUCGGAAAUAACGGGCAAAAGUCAAUCUUUGUAAGUAUAUUAUAUGGGUUUCAUUGUAUCAUAGCGUAGCAAAUAGUUUUUAGCUAGACUUAUUUAAAAUAUCUUAUUGAGGUGAUUGAAAAUGGCA